AUGGCUCCUAGUAAAGGAUGGAUGGAUCUUGUAGGUGAUCGUCUUAAUGAUGUAUAUUUACGUGGGGUGGAGGAAUUUUUACACUACGCUUUUAAGAAAACUGGGAGGCAUGGGGAAAUACGUUGUCCAUGUGUCCAGUGUAGUAACAUGUAUUCCACCACACGAGAAGUGGUAGGGACACACCUCAAGGUGUAUGGAAUAAUACGUAAUUAUACAUUUUGGUAUCACCAUGGAGAAAGGGUAGGUGAAUCUGAAUCUAAUUUAGAAAGUGUUCAACAAAGUGAAGAUGAGCCUAGCAAUGAGAUGCAUGACAUUUUAAGGGAUUUGUAUCCAGAGUUUUGUGGUCAAGAUACAAAUGAUAUGGAUACGGAUAUCUUCGCUUGUGAUAUUCAUAAAGAGGAACCGAAUGAGGAAGCGAAUAAAUUCUAUAGGUUACUAAGAGAUUUUGAGCAACCAUUAUACCAAGGUUUUAAGAGCUCAAAGUUAUCUUGCUUAGUCAAAUUGCUCCAUAUCAAGAGCCUUGGUCGAUGGAGUAAUGAGUCAUUUACUAUGUUGUUGCAAUUAUUGAAAGAUGAAUUAUUACCUCAAGGAUCUAAUUUGCCACAAUCGUAUUAUGAUGUAAAGAAAGUAAUUCAAGAUCUUGGUCUCUCAUACAAAAAAAUUGAUGCAUGUGUAAAUAAUUGCAUGUUAUAUUGGAAAGAGGAUGAGAGGCUAGAUUUUUGUAAGAUUUGUGGCUAUUCUAGAUGGAAGACUGAUAAAUAUAAUGGGGAAGACAAGCUUAAAACCAAUGGGAAGAGAAUACCAAAAAAAAUUAUGUGUUACUUUCCACUAAAGCCAAGACUUCAAAGAUUGUUUAUGUCCACAAAGACAACGUCUUUGAUGAGAUGGCAUAAAGAAAACAGGGUAGAUGAUGGAGUGAUGAGACACCCUGCUGAUUCAAUGGCAUGGAUUUCCUUUGACAAACUACAUCUAAAUUUUGCCUCAGACUCUCAAAAUGUGAGACUAGGCCUUGCUAGUGAUGGAUUUCAACCUUUUGCCAAUUCAAAAAUGCCAUAUAGUGUUUGGCUAGUUUUACUCAUUCCAUAUAAUUUGCCACCUUGGAUGUGCAUGAAACAAUCAAAUUUUAUUUUAUCAAUGCUUAUUCCAGGUCCUGAGGGUCCCGGAGAUGCAAUUGAUAUCUAUCUUCAACCUUUAGUAGAAGAACUAAGAGAGUUAUGGAAAACUGGCAUUGAUACAUUUGAUGCAUAUGCACAACAGAAUUUCAAAUUACAUGCAGUUUUACUAUGGACUAUCAAUGAUUUCCCUGCAUAUGGGAACUUAUCAGGUUGGAGUACUAAGGGAAAGUUGGCUUGUCCUUGUUGUAAUAAGGACACCUGUUGGAUGAGGUUGGCCAAUGGAGGCAAGCAAUGUUAUAUGGGUCAUCGACGGUAUCUUCCUCUUAAUCACAAAUGGAGAAAUGAUAAGGAAUCUUUUGAUGGCACAAGUGAGCGAGGGUUACCACCUAAGCCACUUUCAGGAGAUGAUAUACUUGAUCAAGUGAAAAAUCUUGAAGGGGUCAUAUUAACUAAGGAUCCUCAUAUGAAGAAAGCAAUCUCACAUGAUGGUAGGGGGGACAAUUAG